AUGACCGACUCCCCGGAAAUCCCAGCACGACCCCUUGGUAAUCAAGAUGGUAGUCAGCUUCUCUGCUUGACUAUCUGCGGCUACCGGCGCCCCGGGAUGAGCGAAGAAGACUACCGGCAUCAUAUGCUGCAUGUAUCAGCUCCGAUGACGAAGCAUCUUAUGGUUAAAUACGGCGUGAGGCGGUGGACUGUGAUCCACAACACAACUGAGUCCCGCGCUCUCUUGAGCCGCCUGGUCGAUCCCCAGAUGGCCAAUUUUGCCGAUUUCGACUGUUUCAGCCAAGUCGUGUUUGAGAAUGUUGAGCAAUACAGGAAGAUGAAGGAUGACCCGUGGUAUAAAGAGCAUCUGGUGGGAGACCACGAAAAGUUUGCUGAUACGAAGAGGAGUAUGAUAACCAUUGGCUGGAUUACGGAGAACAUUCGAGACGGGCAGGUAGUAGAGUAA